UGGGAUUAAAGGUGUACGCCACCACUUCCUUUCUAACAAAUACUUUAAAGUAGAUUUUCCAAUAUUGCCAGAGAAAUAGAUGAACCUUCUGGCUCAUUUCACUAGUAACUUCUGUACUAACGGAGACUGCUGCAGUAGUUGAUUACUACUUCGGUGCACCUCAUUGUCUUCAUCUCAGAGAAAAACGAAACACUAAUAGACUAGCAUAUAGCCUCAACUUUUGGAAACAUGCAACUUUUACUGCGUUAAAAUAUAAUUGGUUUCUUUGUCUUCGUGCAUUAAAAACAGGAGGAAAGGCUGGCCUGGCCGAGCCAGGUGUUUGUUGUUGGCAGCCUGCUCCCUAAUGAGUGCUCUCGUAGAGCAGCUGCCUACUAGUCGGCUUUGUGUGGCCUAUUGUUGCUGCACGCCCCUCGUUAAUACACAUGCUGCCCGGGGCAGACCCAAGAAUGACAUCAACUUGCUUAUCUUAGAAACCUACGAACCUGACUCAGGGUGCUGAGGUUGUCUUGCAUCUGCCUGACUGACUAAUUGUGAGCUCUCUGGCCUGUGAUUGGCUGUAGUUCCACUCGGUAAUAGGUUAAGCAAAGACAUUGCCGUCCCAUCUGUUCAACCACUCAUUGUUCUUCUUGCCUGCCUGGAAGUCUGCAGCUAGAAUUGUGUCGUUACUGCUGAAGCUGCCACAGAAACCAAUGUCUUUGUACUUUCCUGCUAAUGAAUACGGGGUGCUGUGCAUUCAAGAAUACAGGAAAAGUAGCAAAGUGGAAUCAAGUGUGCGGAACAGCUUCAUGGGCCUGAAGGAUCACCUGGGGCAUGACCUUGGCCACCUUUAUAUGGAGAGCACUGACCCACAGAGAAGUGCAGCUGUGCCUUGGCCUAUGGCAGAGAAGCCAACAAUGGAUACAGCCAAUUCAGGGAAGGAAGAAAAAGAAGUGUCUGAAGAGAACGUGGGCUCCGGUGACUCUGAAGAAAGCACAAAUUCUGAUCAUGAGUCAGGACAGCUGAGUAGCCUUUCAGUAGAGCCAUGCUUAUUAACCAAGGCUCACAGACAGUUAUGUCGGUCUCCCUGUUUAGAGCCCCACUUACUCAAACACAGUGACAUUUUGCAAGACUUUAAACCAGAUGGGUCCCAGACUCCAUCCAAGGAAGUAAAGAAACCCCCUGACGUAGUUCGAGAAUACCAAACAAAACUGGAGUUUGCACUGAAGUUAGGUUAUUCUGAAGAGCAGGUCCAACUUGUGCUGAACAAACUUGGUACUGAUGCUUUAAUCAAUGACAUAUUGGGAGAACUUGUCAAACUUGGAAAUAAAAGUGAAGCGGAUCAGACAGUUAGUACUAUAAACAGUGUCAUGAGGGAAGCAUCGUCUCUGGAAUCUCAGAGGUCUGAGUCUCCGAUGCAAGAGAUUGUAACAGAUGAUGGCGAAAAUCUGAGACCAGUGGUUAUUGAUGGCAGCAAUGUGGCAAUGAGGUGAGUUGUUUUGG